UUCAAGGGUCUUUUGCCCAUAGAUUCUAUAUAGUGACCUAGCAAAAACUAUAAAAAGGAUUUGGAUCCCUAUUGCUUCAUUCAAAAGUUAUGAAUUUUUCUAUUGUUCCGAUACAGUGCAUUACAUAAAACGUUGAAAAAUUCAUAACUCACGAGGGAACAUUCUUAACUGAUAAAUCGCUUUUUGAUCGAAAUCUAGUGGGUUAUAGAUUAUCGGCCAUGCUGAUUCCGAAUAUGAUCAUGGGAGUUCCCCUAAGCUGUUCGAAGAUCCGUUUUUCUGGAAAACUAGUUUUUCCGACACUCUGAAGAAUAAUACAAACCUUCCUUAAUAACACAUGAUUGUACGCCGCAAAUUUUUGAGACAUCUUCCAGCUCCACAUGACCUUUUUUUGCAAAGUUAUAGAAUUUACAAGAAAAGCCCUAAAUGUUCAUUGUCAGCUCCAAGCUACAGAAAUAAUUUUUUCAACCUAAUAAGUAAAAUAAAUUUUAUGAAUAAAUGAAAUAAAUUUUUCAACGUUUUAUGUAAUGCACUGUAUCGGAACAAUAGAAAAAUUCAUAACUUUUGAAUGAAGCAAUAGGGAUCCAAAUCCUUUUAUGGUUUUUGCUAGGUCACUAUAUAGAAUCUAUGGGCAAAAGACCCUUGAAAUCGGAGGUUGACAUCUGAACAGAUCCCUUCGUUAGCGGUUAUAUUGUUCAUCAUCUACUUCAGAUGUAUUUUGUUCAAACUGUGGCGGCGACAGGUUAUAUAAUAGCCCUAGAUAAAUUGAUUGUGAUUUAGUUGCUUGGAUCAUCUGUCCUACAUCAUACCCACUACGUUGUGGCGUGCAACAUAGAACUGUAAAAUUGAUGACUGGUAGCGAUACAAAAGAUGUUGUCAGAAGAGCUAUAGCCAGGACCGCAAUUAUCAGGAGAGUGCGUAUCCCCAGAAUAUUAUUUGUAAAAGGUGUUGUUAUUUUAACGACUAUUCCCUGCACAAACUAUUUUUGACCAAUUUUACACUACCUCAGAGCGAAAAUUCUUUUUACACCCUCUAACAUUUGACUCCUGUUUGCGGCCCUGGCUAUAGCUCCAGCUUAUCAGCCGGAGAAAAGAUAUCGAGCUAUUAAAACUACUUGCCAGCACUCUAUACAGGUAACGGUAGCCCCAAUAUAGGGUGAUUUUCCUCUUUAACUUCAAAAUGAUUAGUAAUAUAGAUAACUCCAAUCACAAUGUUUGCUUUUGAAUGAAAGUGAAAAAACAUGGCGUAAAUCUACUCUGGUAGAUAUAACCUAGUUUUAGCUAUAAAUGCGAAAGUAAAAGGGUUGUGGCUCAUUCAAAACUCAAACAAAUCGCUUGAAAUUUUCACAAUAUGAUUGGAUGAUUACAUUAAAUGCUUUCUUUAUUUGCUCAAAACGCUUAAAGUAUCGUCUUUUCCAAGAAGAUUCUUGGACAAUCAUAAAAAGGCAAUUAUCGUCAUUCAAAUAGGCAUAUUCUGAAAUUUUCAAUUGAUUUGAUUGGAUUGUGAAUAAACUGAGACGGUUCUAUCAGAGCUAGGAUAGUCUAGUCAUCUGACUGCUUUAGAAAGUAUUUUUUGGUACUAUCAGCUUCUUGGCUGAUUUGUGAAACGACCUCGGUCUAACAUGACCGACUUCAAAAUGUUUGGAUUCAGUUGAAAUUUUCACAAAUUCUGACUUGCACUUCUCUACUUUAUGCUCUCACUCACACGUGCACAACUAUAAUUAGGUUACCUUUAUGAGAAAAAGCUAACGCUGUAUUAUUCCACUUUUAUUCAAAGCAGUCAUUAUGAUUAGAGCAGAAUAGUUCAUAACCUGUAUUUCUAGUCAUUUUGAAGCUACCAAACGUCACAAUAAUAGCUUCUUAGUUUCUAGGAAAAACUGAGCUUACGUUCAAAUCAUCAUAGAUAAAAGGGCUCAACCAUCAAUGUGUAGAGGACACUCUGAGAGCUAUUGUCCACAUAGAAACAUAGAGCCAAAUCUAGAAACGUUUUAUUUGUUGAUCCGAUUUUCUAAAGAUGCUUGCGAUACAUUACUUUUACCACAAUUUUUUCACCUGACUUUUUUUAUUGAAAAAACAAUGAGUCAGAGUUUUGAUUGGGAAAUGGUUAAAAUUUCUACUGUUCAUCUGUUUUCUUUAUGAAAUGCUAUUUCAGAGAUGUUCGAAUCCAUUCAUAUUUAAAGUAAAGUUGUAAAGUAGAGUUAAAAAGUAUGUGAGGCUUCUUCUCACAAUUACAAAGAAAUAGCAAAUGUUUUUGACAUAAUAAUUUUAAUCAAAUUUAACCUUCAUUGUCAAAUGCACAUUUUCUCUUUUAUUUAUUUUAGUCAAUAACAGUUUAUUCUGAAAGUAUAACGACAAAUUUAGAUUCUUCUGCCAGUGAUGAUGGUGAUGAAAAGAAUCUAUUCCUGAGUGAUCAACAACAAAGUGAGCAAGACAAUCCGUUAUUGCUUUCCUUUGAUGAUUAUCAUGAAUACCAACAAAAACGUCAACGUCCAUUAUUAGGACGGUCAUUGCAAUACGACACGUAUGAAGAUGACAGUGAUAAUUCAUAUGAAAAACGACAUAAACGACCGUUAAUGGGUAGAGAUACACAUAAUUCAUUUAAGUAUUUAAAACGGACAAGACCUUUAAUGGGUUAA